CUUUAAUCAGCUCUCCUCCCCGUCUCUCCCACCGUGUUGCUCUGUCUUCCCCAUUUCGCUGCUUUGUUUUCAUUGUCGUUCUUUUGAUCAUGGCUGCUCAUUCUACCGAAGAACCGUUCCCCUUCCACGGGCUGCUCCCCAAAAAAGAGACCGGCGCCAUCUCUUACCUCACCAGGUUCCCCGAGUAUGAUGGGCGAGGAGUGCUCAUUGCUAUCCUCGACACCGGCGUGGAUCCCGGGGCCCCCGGCAUGCAGGUCACAACUGAGGGAAAGCCAAAGAUUGUUGACAUCAUUGAUACAACAGGCAGUGGUGACGUGAACAUGACUACUGUGGCAGAACCUAAGGAUGGGACAAUCGCUGGCCUCUCGGGAAGAAUGCUUAAGAUCCCUCCUGCCUGGGUCAAUCCAUCAGGGAAGUAUCGCAUUGGAGUUAAAAAUGGCUAUGAGUUCUUCCCUAAGGCUCUUAAAGAAAGAAUACAGAAAGAGCGAAAGGAAAAGAUAUGGGACCCACCACACAGAGCAGCUCUCGCUGAGGUCUGUCGCAAGACAGAAGAGUUUGAACUUGCUCAUCCAACACCUUCACAGAUAGAGAAGCUGCAGAAAGAAGAGUUGCAGAGCCAGUCAGAUCUGCUGGCUUCACUGGAAAAGAAAUACAGUGAUCCUGGCCCCGUGUAUGACUGUGUGCUUUGGCAUGAUGGUGUCACAUGGAGGGCUGUAGUGGACACAUCUGAAUGUGGAGAACUGUCCCAGUGCACUGUACUGAGCUCAUACAGAGAAAAUCAGGAGUAUGCCACAUUAGGAAAUGCUGAGAUGCUUAAUUACUCUAUUAAUAUAUACGACGAGGGAAACACCCUCUGUAUUGUUACCAGCGGAGGUGCUCAUGGGACACACGUUGCAAGCAUUGCAGCAGGUUAUUUUCCAGAGGAACCAGAGCGUAAUGGCGUGGCCCCUGGAGCCCAAAUUCUGGCUCUGAAGAUUGGAGACACCCGCCUCAGCACCAUGGAGACAGGCACUGGACUCAUCCGCGCGAUGAUUGAAGUAAUCAACUACAAGUGUGACCUGGUUAACUAUAGCUAUGGGGAAGCAACCCACUGGCCUAAUUCAGGGAGGAUUUGUGAAGUGAUCACAGAGGCUGUGCAGAAGCACAAUGUGAUUUUUGUGUCGAGUGCAGGAAACAACGGCCCCUGUCUUUCCACUGUUGGCUGCCCGGGAGGAACCACCAGUAGUGUCAUAGGAGUCGGAGCAUAUGUGACUCCAGACAUGAUGGUCGCAGAGUAUUCCCUAAGAGAGAAGCUGCCUCCCAACCAGUACACCUGGUCAUCUAGGGGUCCCAGCACUGAUGGAGCCCUGGGGGUCAGUAUAAGUGCCCCUGGCGGUGCCAUUGCAUCUGUGCCCAACUGGACCCUCCGUGGUACCCAGCUUAUGAAUGGCACAUCCAUGUCGUCCCCUAAUGCUUGUGGAGGCAUCGCGCUUGUCCUUUCAGGACUGAAACAGAAUGGGAUCCGUCCCUCUGUUCCUGCUGUGAGGAGAGCGCUGGAAAACACAGCCUUGAAGGUUGAUGACAUUGAAGUGUUCGCACAGGGACAUGGAAUAAUCCAGGUGGAUAAGGCAUUAGACUACCUCACUCAACACGCCUCUUUACCCACAAGCCUGUUAGGCUUCUCAGUAAGUGUGGGUUCACAGAGAGGCAUCUACCUCAGGGACCCGGCCCAGGUUCUUGCACCCUCGGAUCACGGAGUGGGAAUUGAACCCAUUUUCCCAGAGAACACAGAAAACUCUGAGAGAAUCUCCUUGCAGCUACAUUUGGUGCUGACAUGUGCUGACCCGUGGGUGCAGUGUCCCUCUCAUCUAGAGCUGAUGAACCAGUGUCGUCACGUCAAUGUUCGCAUUGAUCCUGUUGGACUAAGGGAGGGAGUGCACUACACAGAGGUGUGUGGCUAUGAUACAGCAGCACGCAGCUGCGGCCCACUGUUCAGAGUUCCAGUCACAGUUAUUAUUCCUAUCAAAGUGACAGAUAAUCGUAAUCAGGAGGUGCAUUUCACAGACGUCCACUUCAGACCGGGACAAAUCAGACGUCACUUCAUCACAGUUCCUCAGGGAGCUUCCUGGGCAGAGAUCACACUGACCUCUCAUUCAGGGGAUGUGUCGUCAAAGUUUGUUCUUCAUGCAGUGCAUCUGGUCAAGCAGAAAGCCUACAGAGCAAACGAAUUCUACAAGUUCUCCUCGCUUUUAGAAAAAGGCUCUCUAACUGAAGCUUUUCCUGUCCUGUCUGGUAGGGUGGUGGAGUUUUGCAUCGCGCGCUGGUGGGCGAGCUUGGGUGAUGUUACAGUGGACUACAACAUCUCGUUCCAUGGACUCAGCACUUCUCCUUCACCUCUACACAUUCAUGCGUCAGAGGGGGUGACAAGUUUUGAUGUGUCAUCGCCUCUGCGAUAUGAAGAAGUGUCCCCCACCAUCACCCUUAAGUCUUGGGUCCAGCCUCUGAGGCCCUUAACCUCAAAGAUUAAAGCCUUGGGAAUGCGGGAUGUUCUGCCAAAUAACAGACAACUCUAUGAGAUUGUCCUUACUUACAGCUUUCACCAGCCUAAGAAUGGAGAGGUUACACCCAGCUGUCCAAUGCUGUGUGAGCUGCUGUAUGAAUCUGAGUUUGACAGCCAGCUGUGGAUGCUGUUUGAUCAGAACAAGAGGCUGCUGGGCUCAGGAGAUGCCUACCCACACCAGUAUUCUCUGAAGCUGGAGAAGGGGGACUACACUGUAAGGCUUCAGGUCCGCCAUGAACAGUCCAGUGAGCUGGAGCGCCUGAAGGAUCUGCCGUUUGUGGUUUCUCAUCGUCUGUCCACCACCCUCAGUCUGGACGUCUACGAAACGCACCGUGCUGCUCUCAUGGCCAAAAAAAAGGCAAACUCCGUCACCUUGUGCCCCGGUGCCACACAACCCUUUUAUGUUACCGGUCUGCCAGACGACAAGAUUCCUAAAGGGACGAGUCCGGGAUGCUAUCUUUCAGGCUCUCUCGUCGUGCCCAAGAACGAGUAUGGCAAGAAAGCUGAGCAGGCCUCUGCAAAACGACAACGAAAAUUUAAAAAGGAUGUUGUUCCAGUCAUCUACCACCUAAUUCCUGCUCCCAACAAAUCAAAAAAUGGUGGGAAAGAGAAGGAAAAGGAAGGAGACAAAGAGAAAGAUGUGAAGGAUGAGUUUGGAGAGGCCAUGAGAGAUCUGAAGAUUCAGUGGAUGACAAAACUGGACUCCAGCUCCAUCUAUGAUGAACUGAUUGAAAACUAUUCAGACUACCUUCCACUUCACGUACAAAGACUGCAUCAGCUGGACUCAGAGAAGGAGCGUGUAAAACGUCUCAAAGAAGUGGUGUCAGCAGCAGAUAUUGUCAUCAACCACAUCGACCAAACAGCCUUGGCGGUUUACCUCAGUAUGAAAACAGACCCUCGACCAGAUGCCGCUUCUAUUAAGACUGAUAUGGAGAAGCAGAAGACGUCUCUGCUGGACGCUGUAUGUCGGAAAGGCUGUGCUCUGGCUGACCAGCUCCUGCUGCCCUCUGCGACGCAGGAUGGUGCUGGGGCCGUCUCUACGGGACAAGCAGAAUCGGAGGAAACAGUGGAGCAAGUGGCCAGCAGUUCUGACGACACCCUGCAGAAUGUGGCUCAGGCCCUGGCAGAUAUGUUUUGGGAGGUGCAAAAGUGGGCGGAGCUAACCGACUCCAAGGUUUUGAUGUUUUCAUAUAAACACGCUCUGGUGAACAAGAUGUAUGGCCGAGCCUUAAAGUACGCCUCUAAGAUGGUUGAGGAGAAGCCCAGCAAAGAGAACAUGAAGAACUGCAUCCAGCUCAUGCGUCAUCUGGGAUGGACACACUGCGCUACUUUCAGCGAGAACUGGCUCCCUGUCAUGUACCCCACAGACUACAGUCCCUUCUAGGCACACACACCAGAUGUAACUUUUAAUAUCAUGUCCCUCAGGGUCACAUGGUCUAUGCAUCUGACCAACCAGCUGCCUCCAGGGGUUUAUUUUGUUUAAUUUUAUUUUUAAAGCAAAUGUUGGUGAACAUCAAGAUAAAGGAUAACACCAAGUGUAUACAAUUUAAUGCAGACAACACUUUGUGAGGCAAGGUUUACUUUUUGAAAAGCUCAAAGCCUCUAAUGCUAAAUUUAAUGCCAUUAACAAGAGUUAAAAAUUAUGUAUCUUAGUUGGUCUGUUGUCCUUUACUUGGUUGUCAUCUGCAGAUUUGGAGGCUUUAACAUCCACAGCUGUCCAAACUCCAUUUCAAACUCCAUAACCUUGUUUUUCAUGUAAAUACUGUUUAAAAAAUAGAAACAGAAAAAAAAGGGGCUAAUGUGUUCCCAAUGCAUCCCAAACAGAAAACUUAAACCGGGUGGUACUUCAGAGAGGAGAAAGGAGGAGUUGCUGCUGUGCUAAGUUUGGACUUAGGAGGGCACUCGUUAAUCCCCAAAUAAAAAAAAGAGAGGCUUGUACAGAACUUCACCAUUUUUAUUUCAGUUUUUUUUUUGGUUUUUGUAAUUGUUUAGCCAGUUUGGCUUGAUAAAAUCCUUGUUAAGUCUAGUCUUUUUCAGAACACAAAACAAUGCUGAGGUGCCUUUUUUCAUGUACCUUACCUUUUCUUAUGAGACGGAAACAGUGCAAUAGUUACCUGUAUAACCACAGGAAGCUGUGGCGUCCAUCAACACUCCCGUCAUUUCACGUAUCAACCUCUCGGUGUCAGAUGUGCUUUAAAAAGCUCAUAUCAGCAGCAUGAUUGUGCCCCGUGCACUGCAUGCAGGCUGUCAGUAACCUGUCAGGACAUAGGAAGCUCACCUCUGGAAGUGUUGGCUGCCUGCUUCAUGCUGCACUUACCUGAGCACUCUAUUUGACAACCAUUUACCAGACCUCACUAACACAAUGAUGCAGUCGUAGGCAGUAGGAUGUUCAGAGGAGAUUACAUGAGGAAUAGAUUGCUCAGUAUUAAAGAAUAAUCUGUGUGGCAUUCAGAGUGCUGCACUUGUACACACUAUCAUAAAAUAAUGUACAUACACAUACGAAAUAUUAAGAUGCAAUAGGUAUAUAAUACAAAUAUUAUUCUAUGUAUUUUGCAUUUAUGCAUGUCUUCUAGGAUGUAAGGAAAAAGUAGUUUUACGUGAAAGCAGACUUUUGUUUGUUUCAUUUUGAAAGAUUUUUAACCUGAGGCAUCGUUCUGCAUUAUCCACUGUUGUUUUCAUGAGUGUGUUUGUGAAUGACUCUGUGUGUAGUGGUGAGCAUUUCAUGUGUACAUGAACAUUUCUCCAAACAGAACUGAGACGAAAGCCAUUCAGAGGGGCAUUUUUAUACACGUCUUGUUGUAUAAAAGGACCGCACCAGUGUGUGUGUGUUUUUCUUUCCUUUUUUCUUUUUUUUUUUUUAAUUUCUGGAACUUUUCACAUUACAGCUUUUUGAUGCAUUUCUUUUUCCAUACAAGUUUUAGUUUUCAUUCGUAUAAUAUUUGAUGAAACUAGCUGGAGGCGUAUUUCUUAAGAUUAUUUCUCUUUUUCAAACAACUCACCUUCAGAUAUUUCCAUUUUCAAAGUUUUAGAUUUGAGGGCUAAAUAUGAGAAUAAAUAUUUUCUAAUUGCUAAAACUCACAAACACUGGUUUGGUCCUUUGAAAUGUGUCAACUGAAUCAUGUAAAAGAUGAGGAAAAAAUAUUCCUUUUUUAUUAUUAUCUCUUUAUAUUCCGUUUUCAACCUUUGUUUCUCUUUUUAAUCUAUAAAACAAAGGUAUACUUCCGUUCAGAUGUUUUUAAUCAGUUUAACCAAAGAGAUAUUUUCUAUGUUAAGCUGGUUUCAUUGUCAGCAAAAUCUUAUAGGAACACCAUUAUUGACUAGAAAAUCAUUUGCUGGUGAUAUAUAGGCUCCAACUUUAGUUUCUUUAUUCGAUGUUGUUUUAAUCCCUCUUACAAGUACUAAGGUGCAUGCUCAAGAAUGUAAAAGCAGCUGCCUCAGAGCUGCUUCUCUGGAGAGUGAAACUGUUUUCUAGGGGGAGUCAAUCAGGGGUUAGAAGUCCUUGUGUUUCUGUUUUUUUUUUUUUUUUGUUGUUGAUUUUUUGCCUUGUCUUAUAUGACUUGCCUCAGCAGCCACAGCACAUUUCACUUGAGGUGUGCAGGAGUUUUGCUGAAAUCAUGUGACGGAAUCGGUGUACAGCUUUUGUGUGUUUUCUCCUGCAUCUGUGUUUACCUCUUCUAUGUGUGUUUUUUGCUUUGUUGUUUUUUUUUUUAUUUAUUUAUUUUUUUCCAGACAGAUGUUGCAUUCAGGGCUCCGCUUUCUCCAGUGCAUGUUGCCAAUGACAGUCUCCGAAAAUGGCCUUAAUUUUCACCACAGGACUUCGCCGUCCACCUCUGGCACCAAACAGACUUCUCAUAUCUGUUGCUGUCACUCUGAUGGUGUCAGGAAAGAUUUCAGAAAUGCUUGUUAUGGAUGUUGAGUGUUUAUAUUUAUAGCCACAAAAUCUAGAAAAUGCUAAUAUUUUAAAGAAUGUUACGAGUUAAAGUUGUAUGCUCCAAGCAUUGUUUUAUACCCAUCCUUUCUGGGUGAUGUGGGAAAGACCUGAGCCACUGUCACGCUAUUUUCAGCUCACAUGAAAUUAAGUCACAAACCAGAAGAAUUACACAAAAUAAAAUUAUUUGGAAGAAA